UAAGAGGGUCUGAGCUUCAUACUAUCUCCUCCCUAAAGCCAAAAGCAUGGAAGAUUCAGUAGCGCCUAACUCGAAUCCGGCACCAUGUUGGAGCAACCUUCUAAAGAGCCAACCACCAAAACCUCAAUCUCAUAACCAAACGACGCCGCCAACCCAACUCUUCGUCGAAAGCUGCAAGUCCACCAAGGGAAUAGCGGUGGCCGUGGUGGACGCCAACGCCAUCAUCGAAGGCGGAGAAAAGCUCAAUAACACCGCUGACAAGUUCGUCACCGUCCCCGAAGUCCUCGCCGAAAUUCGCGACCCUGUUUCCCGCCGCCGCCUAGCGUUUAUCCCUUUCACAAUCGAUUCCCUGGAGCCCUCUCCCGAUGCCCUAAAUAAAGUUAUCAAAUUUUCGAGGGCAACUGGUGACUUGCAGACUCUUUCGGAUGUUGAUCUUAAAUUGAUUGCCUUGACUUAUAUGUUGGAGUCGCAAAUUCAUGGAACAAAUCAUCUUAGGGAUGCCCCUCCGCCUGUCCAUGUUGUUAAUGUCAAGAGGCUUCCCGAAAGGGACUUGCCUGGAUGGGGCUCUAAUGUCCCUAAUCCGGAAGAGUGGGAAGCACUUGAUCGUGAAACUGGAGAUGGAUCGAAUUCUAACUCAAGGAUCCUUCCCUUGAAAGACUUGAACAUGAACAUUGUCUCUUCAGAUAACCAUUCCGAAGAUGGACUGGCUGAAACGAAGGGUGAAACACAUUCUGAGAAUAUAGAGGAUUCUGACCAGGGUUUUAGGAGGCCCAGACGAUAUUUACCCCAGAAAAAAGAGGUAAAAAUCGAAGGAAAAAAGAUGGUAGCUGAUGGGAUUGAUGCAUCUCAGGGUCAGUUUGAUAAUGACGGUGAUGAUUGGCUACCUGCUGUAAGUCGAAGUACUCAUAGGAGAUUCCUUAGGAGGAAAGCUAGGCGGGAAUACAAUGAGGCACUAGUUGAGAAGGAUUGUCAAGAAGAUAUGGAGAAAAGCACAGAUGAGUACAAUGUUGAAGAUGCGAGUGGUCCCGAUCAGCUUUUGCAACAAAGUGCUGAAGACGUUUGUCGUGGAAAUGGGAUUUCUGAGGAGGCUGAGAAAACAGAAAUUGAAAAGGGUGGUGAAGAUCUUUCUUCGAUCCUAAAACAAAUGAGGCUGGAAGAAGAUUCAGCGAGGACUCUUCAAGAAGAAAAUGAAGCGGAGACUGCCAUGGAGGAAGCUGUGUCAGACGACAAUGUAAAUCUUGCUGUUGAAGGAGAUGGUGAAGAAUUAGACCAGUUGGAGAUUUCAAGUCAGACCAAUGAAACAGUUGAUGCAUCAGAUGAUGUUAGCAGCGAACAGAGCUGGAUGUUGAGAUCCUUAUCUGAGUCCACUGUGGCUUGUGUAACAGGGGACUUUGCCAUGCAAAAUGUUCUUUUGCAGAUGGGUUUAAGAUUACUAGCUCCUGGUGGAAUGCAGAUCAGGCAGCUGCACAGGUGGGUAUUGAAGUGCCAUGCUUGCUAUACCGUGACUGCUGAAAUUGGCAGAAUUUUCUGCCCUAAGUGUGGGAAUGGAGGAACUUUGCGGAAGGUAGCUGUUACCGUUGGUGAGAAUGGAAUUGUUUUGGCAUCUCAUCGCCCAAGAAUUACAUUGCGGGGUACCAAGUUUUCACUGCCUUUACCCCAAGGUGGAAGGGAUGCCAUAACCAAAAACCUCAUUUUGCGUGAAGAUCAACUUCCCCAAAAGCUCCUUUACCCUAAAACUAAGAAGAAAGUUAGUAAACAGGGGGAUAAUGACCUCCUCAUGGCUGGGGACACCUUCACUCACCAUACCGACAAGAGAGCGCCUCUUCAGCCUCCUGUUAGAAAAGCAUUAGCGGUCUUUAGUGGAAAGAGGAAUCCAAACGACAAUCAUUACUCUCGAUCGAAGCACUAGUAACUCAGCUCUACUUUUUUUAUCUAUAUUUUGUCUUGAGAAUGAGAAUGGAUACGACUUUUUUUAUAUUUUAUUUUCGGAUUCCA